AUGAAUCGUGGAGUGCAAAUAUUAGUGAUCUUGGGUCUGGUCUGCGGAAGUCUAGCCCGGAUUCCCAACCUUCUUCGGGUCAUUGGAACGGGUCGUAGUGCUGUGGACCUGGAUGUGGAGGAGCCUAGCGGUCCUCAGAUUCUGCUCUACUCCCAAGGGGACAUCGCAUCGGCCAGAUCCGACGACUCCGAGCCGACCUUCCACGAGCCACAGAUCCGGGAGGAGGUGGCGGAACCCGACCUGGACAAGGACAGUCGCAAAGUUCCCGACUACCUCUACUCCAACUCCAUUCCCAUGGUCAAUGAUCAGAAUGUCAAGUAUGUGGUGCCCCAGUUGGCCAACCUGCCGGUGGUCUACGGCCCUCCCAUCAUUUCCAGUGGAAACAGCAAGAAUGGACUCGGACAGAACCAAGGAAGCGGUCUAUCCUAUGUGGUGGUGCCCCGCGUCCAGCUGGGCUUCAAUGUCCAGGGUCAGUCGGGCCUGAACUGGCCAAUUGCGAAUCAAUUCUUCGGCGAGUCUCCGGCUGCCGAGAAGGAGGAACCCACACCACCGACUGCCUACAUUCCCAUCCCAGUGCCCGGUCCUCCGGGCCCACCCGGUCCACCUGGGCCACCUGGCAUGCGAGGACCUAUUGGACCCACCGGACCGCGAGGCCAACGAGGUCCUCCAGGUGAGCCAGGCCUUUCCUCAGUGCAGAAGCCGCAGGGUAUCUGGUACACACAGACUGGCAGCAGCAACUCCCAGCCCCAAUACACCCAACCCUUUUCCACCGCCUACCAGAGUUAG